AUGUUAGAAAAUCUCCCUAGAGAAAUUAUAUUCUCCAUACUUUCUAAGGUCGAAGACCGUGUGGACCUGAAAUGUUUAUCUGAAGCGUCCAAACAACUCAAUAGCAUGACAGCCCCGUUUCUAUACCAGUCUAUCCUUAUCACAACCGCAAGGAAAGCAAACGGGAUUAUAAACGCACAUGAAAGGGCUAGGGUGCUUCAGUAUACCACGGAUAUCCAUGUUGCGGGCGAAGAUAAAGAGAAGUGGGCUCAUCCUCACGAUCCGAGUGCUCAAGUCGAUUUCCAGAAUAUCAACACCCGCAAUGCCAGAGGUGUAGAAGACGGUGCGAGCACUACUCGAGAUGGAAGCCUCACUAGCACUGAACUGAAAGACAAGCUAAGAUGGAUUGACGUGGAGCCUGAUCCUCGAUUUUCCCGCAUCCUUGGCUACAUGGAGCUGAGGCGUAGAGUUUUGCCUAUUUUAAUUAGAUGCAAGGAGGGACAUCUAAGGAGUUUUAGGUGGGAUCGUAUGGAUUUCAUUCCUCCUGAAAUUCUAGGCAAAGAGGGCUACCUACCCACGAGACAAAAAUCUCUCGAGACCCUUUUUAUACGCGCCAAUAGUGGAUAUGGUUGCCACAUUUAUUACCCUCAUUUAUUCACAAAACUCAAAAGGUUAUCAUGGGACAACUUGGGGAAUAAUAUGGAGCUUGACAAUGCAAAAGAUGACCUUGAAAGACUCCGAGACUGCCUAGAGGUUUUGUCCCACCAGCUAGUUUACCUGGAACUUGGACUUAAAAUGUGGGAGUAUUCAUUCUAUGAUUCAGACGAUGACGAAGCCACUAUUUCGCAAGAAAUCAUGAAGCCCAACCCUGGCGGUAAAAGGUUUCAAUUUCAGAAGCUACAACAUCUAUCCUUGACGGGGUUUAAUUUUGAAUAUUCGGCAGUUAACAUCGUCGGUGAUCUAAACCCAGCGACUCUAGAUACCCUAACAAUCAGGCUCUGUGGUCAAGAAUGGCCAAAUUUCCUUGAUCGUCUCAAUGCCUCAGAACCUCCAUUCCGCCUACAUACGGUUGAGAUACUUUCGUGGGAAGACCCAGAAUCAUUCAGUUCUGAAAAUGCGGACAUAGCGAGAUUUGUUAAUGGCUGCGAGUCACUACAGAACCUUUACAUUGCUGUGAGAGAACAGGAUGGGGCGCUAGAAUUAUGGCAAGCAUUAUUGCGGCAUAAGAAUACCCUAAGAACGUUUGUUUACUACGUGGACCCAAUGGUUGAUACUCGUGAAGAUUCUAGUCCAUUCUGUAUAGCUGAUGUGUCAUUUUCGAUGCCUCAGAGUCACAAAACAAAUCCGGAAUGGAACCCUCUUAGGCACCUUGACCUAGAGUUUCUUGGAGUCAGUUAUGAUUUUAAAUACUUGCUUCCGGUCCUGGCUCCAAUCGCAAAUAUUAGGAGUCUUAAAGUCUUGCUUAUCCGGAGGAGCCCCCUUGUGGUGAUUGGUCGCCUCAAGGCAGCCGAAAGAGUAGAAAGAAAUCCAGAAGGCAUAAAAAAUGAAGAUGAGAAGCCAAACAAAAACUUCCAGGCCUUUGAUGAAUUUGUUCAAUGGGCGUUCGGUCCAGAGGGCAUUCCAUCAUUACAAAUGAUCGGCAUUGGGGAUUUCUCAGACAGUGUAAUGCCGCGUAGGAAGGCACUCCUCUGUCGUAAGUCCAAUCCAAAGUCUGAUGAGGUGUUCCCUGGUAGAAACUAUCGCUUUGUUACCAGGAGAGACCUCACACAGCAAGAAUUGCUUCAGAAGUAUGCUGGCGCGAUGCAAGCUUGUCCCACAGACCAUAUUGAGAGUUGGAUAUAA